AUUUUUUAUAGUGCUAUAAAAUACAGCGGCUGGCCAAAGUACCAGCAGACGACUUCUGAAUGUAACUAUGCAUCUCAGAAUCAUCGCCAUCGCUGCCGUUCUUUGCCUGUCAGUAGUACUGGUCCAGGCUGGGUACACUAGAGGACCUGUACCUGGACCUAGCAAAUCGAUUAUCUACAGAAAUAUCCAUCCGCUGUAUCCAGCCCCUGUAUCACACGGUUUAUCACGUAUUCAUGUGGUCCACAUCCACAACUACAGAGGCAGGGGCGGAUCUAGCAGCAGCAAAAGUAGCAAAAAAAGCAGGAAAGGCAAAAGCAGCGGGUACAAGAAAAGGAAAUACAGGAGAUACAGGAAAUACGGAUUGAGGUACAGGAGGGCGACCGAGGAUCUCGGAGGAAAAAGCAGCCGUAGCAGCCAGGGGUACUGAUCAAAGACGUGAACUGCUAUACAUGUACACAUAUGAGUAUCAAUAAAAAAGCGAACUUAG